AUGACAAGCCCCAACACCACCGCCGCCUUCUUCGCCAAAGCCAACAUGUACCUCAUGUCCACAGGAGUCCCUAUCUCUCCAGUCAUCAUCACCGAAGCCAAAGGCACCUGGUUAUAUGACACCAACAACCGUCGCAUCCUCGACUUUACCUCAGGCCAGAUGAGCUCACUGCUCGGUCAUUCCCAUCCUGAGAUCGUCACCACAAUCCAGGAAUACGCCGCCAAACUAGACCAUCUCCUCAGCAACAUGAUCACCCACCCAGUAGCGGACCUAGCUGAGCGUCUCGCCCGAUUCCUCCCUCCACCCCUCGAAAAGUCCUUCUUCCUAAGCACCGGCUCCGAGUCUAUCGAAGCUGCCAUUAAAAUGGCCAAAGCGUACACUGGAAAAUUCGAAGUUGUCGCCUUCAGCGCCAGUUACCAUGGCCUCACCCAGGGCUCAGGAUCAGCGACGUAUUCCACAGGCCGGAAAUGUGGUGGUCCGUGUAUGCCAGGUCAGCUUGCCUUUCCUGCUCCAUAUGCAUACCGCUCGCCCUUUCGCAAGGCGGACGGGACGUAUGACUGGGAGACGGAGCUGAUGUUUGGUUGGUCCAUGAUUGAUCGGCAGAGUGUGGGGUCGCUUGCUGCGUUUGUCAUGGAGCCUAUUCUGUCAACCGGGGGGAUUUUGGAGCUCCCCAAUGCAUAUUUGCAACGCAUGGCGAUUGAGUGCAAGAAGCGCGGCAUGUUGCUGAUCAUGGACGAGGCGCAGACAGGAGUCGGUCGCACUGGUCACAUGUUUGCAUUUGAGCAGGCUGGAAUAGUCCCGGAUAUUCUAGCUUUGUCAAAGACCUUAGGAUGCGGGCUUCCUUUGGCAUCGGUGAGUACGACAGCUGAGAUUGCUCAGGGGUGCGCGGACGCUGGGUUUCUUUGGUUGACGACACACUUAAAUGAUCCCCUUACUGCGGCGGUGGGGAACAAGGUGUUGGAGAUUGUGGAGCGAGAGGAUAUCUGCCGGAGAGCGAGGGAGCGUGGUGAGCAGUUGAGGGAAGGCCUGCUAAAGCUCCAGAAGAAGUACUGGUGUAUUGGGGAUGUACGCGGUCGGGGCCUUUUGCAGGGGAUUGAGAUCAUUUCCGAUCGGAGUACCCGGGCUCCUGGGCCGGAGCUAGGUCAGUUGGUGUCAGACAGAGCCAUGGCGUGUGGGUUGUCGUGUAAUGUUGUUAACCUUCCGGGUAUGGGAGGAGUCUUCCGUCUGGCGCCGCCAGUGACGGUGUCAGCACAAGAAAUUGAGAAGGGCCUGAGGAUUCUGGAUGAGGCCUUCGCCUAUGCAGUUGGCAAGAGUUGA